UGUUUCUUGAUUCUCUGACAUUAAUAUUUUAGUUUUUUGUUCCAUCUGAAGAACCUGAUUUGUAGCAGUAUCACAGAAUGAAAUUUGAUGUUGUUGAUUAAAACAUCAUAUGGGAAAUAAUGGAAGUGAUGAUCUAUUGCACUGAUUUGUAUGAUUGAAUUCGCAUCGCAUUUGUUUAUUAACUUUGAUUAAUUCACUCCUCUGAUUGUCAAAUUUAUAUACGGAUGUCUGGAUUCAUUUCAAAUUUUGUUGUUAGCAUAUUUGGGUUUCUGCCCUAAACUUUACCAUGUAUACUGUAGUAAAUAAUAAUUCAUGAGAAACUCAUAUUCUUUAAACUAAACAACAAAUUAUUGUACUUGAAUGUGAUUUCUGAAAAUGUAUAUAUGUUUCUUUUCCUCUGAAAUUCAUCAAAUUCAUUACAAAGUGCACGGCAUUGUACUUAAAUCCUGAUGCAUGCCCAAAUGGUGACAAACACUACUGCUGAUGAAUUCUUCACAUGAUCAACUUGCAAAACACCUUUCCGCACUCCCACUACUUAAUGUUUUGUGAUUCUUUUAUUCUUUUAUCAGUGUCCUUUGACCACUACGUUGAAAGCCCUAAAAAGGAUUAGAACUGUGCCAUCUCUUUUCUAUUGUCCUCAUUAUCACCACUUCCUUAUCUUUUUCUUGGAAGUCAAGUUGCAAACCUUUGCGUGAUUGACAAUGCUACCAUACCCUCCACACAAGCUUUGCCACUUGUAGCUCUCCUUCUCACAUGGGAAAGAACAACACUUGUGUGGAAGUGAGAAGACAGUGGUGAACUUUUUGUUAUUAUAUAUUUUUUAUUAUUGUGAUUAUUUUACCAAUAUAUAUAUACAUCAGAUAAGUACUAUGUAUGCUUGUGUGUCUGUGAGACAGAGAAAUGAGUUCCAUGGCAUCUCUGCUACUGCUGACCAUCUUGUUUGCUCUGUUUCUCACCUCCAAUGGAACCAAAGCCAGCAUUUUAAUCCAAGACUUCCCAACGCUGUCCUUUGAAGAAGGAUACACACAGCUCUUUGGAGACACCAACUUGAUGCUCCUCAGUAAUGGCAACACUGUUCACAUCUCUCUUGAUGAGAGGACUGGUGCUGGUUUUGCUUCCCAGGAUCUCUUUCUUCAUGGCUUCUUCAGUGCUUCCAUUAAGCUCCCUUCUCACUACACUGCUGGUGUUGUUGUAGCCUUCUAUAUGUCAAACGGAGAUGUGUUUGAGAAGACGCAUGAUGAGCUCGAUUUCGAGUUCUUAGGUAAUGUGAGAGGGAGAGAAUGGAGGGUGCAAACCAAUGUUUAUGGCAAUGGCAGCACUGCAAUAGGAAGAGAGGAGAGGUACAACCUCUGGUUUAAUCCAACCCAUAAUUUCCAUAACUAUUCCAUCCUAUGGACUUCUGAUAGAAUCAUAUUUUACAUUGACAAGGUUCCAAUCAGAGAGGUGGUGAAAAACCAAUACAUUGGUGGUGCCUUUCCAUCCAAACCAAUGUCUUUAUAUGUCACCAUUUGGGAUGGUUCAACUUGGGCCACCGGCGGUGGUCGAUACAAGGUCAAUUACAAAUACGCCCCUUACGUCGCGGAAUUUGCCAAUCUCAUACUACAAGGUUGUGUUGUAGACCCUACUGAUCACUCAUCUGCUUGUGAUGAUUUCUACAGUGAUGGUUUUGGUACAAUGACAGUAUCAUUUGAUGAAAAAUUAAAGAUGGAGAGUUUCCGAAGGAAAUACAUGACUUAUUCAUAUUGUUACGAUGUUGUGAGGUACUCUAAGCCUCUGCCGGAAUGCAUUACUGAUCACCAUGGAAUUGAGCAUGUCCGAGCUGGCCGUCGAGGCCGGCAAAAGUACGGCAACAAGAAGCAGUCUGCAAUUUGAUACAUUGAUUCUUGUUUAUGCAUAGAACAAUCUAUAGAUCUUGAUACAUUGCAUAAUGCAUGCUGUUCUUAACAAUGUACAUUGUUUGCAAGCUUUGGAUUUUCAUUGUUUAUUUAUAUA